UGAACAUUGGUAACAUUUCGCACGGUGUUGACAGAUAUUUCUACCAAGUAUACAGACUGAUGUUCUGUUGAUUUUACUGUAAUCAGUGCAUCUGGAAAAAUGAAAAAGUCCUCGAAUGACAGAGCCAGGAGUUGAUGUGGAAGACAAUAUGGAUAUUACUGGCUAUGACUAUGAGGGUGAAGUGAAAGCAUGGUGCAAUGUGAAUCAUUUGUUGCGGUUGAAUGGUUAUGCAAAAGUUAAACUUCUGCAUCCUGCAGAUAUUUCUCUUGCAACAGAUAAUGUUGUCUGUAUUGAUCUUGCGACAAGUGAAUCCUUGAGAGAUACUUUGACAUCUCUUCUGAGUGACCAGCCAGAGCAACAGAGUUCCAUGAUGGAGAAGUAUCAGAACAAGGUGAAGGACCUCAAGGUCAUGCUGGAGUGUUCCAGGGCCAGAGUGCAGGAGCUGGAGCAAGAUGCACAGAGCAGGUUAUCCUACCACAAAGACGAAGGAGAGAUGCUGCGUAACACAAAGAAUGUUAUCGUGUCCAAACACCGCCAGCUGGAACAGCAGUCUCAGGAACAGGAGCUGGAGAUUGACAUGCUGAGGAGGAAACUGAAGCGGAUGGUUGAUGAGGAGACGAGAAGAAUCAACAGACAAAAUCAGGUUUUCCAGGAAUUCAAGAAGAGGACUUCAAGAGCACAUAGUGUCAUGGAUGAAAAACUACUUGACAUCAUUGAUGCAUAUGAAGGGCAAGUGAACACAUUGCAGAGGGAGCUGGAUCAUUCCAGAUCUGGUUUGCCAUUCGGUGCUGAAGACAGUGAAGAGUCCUACCUUUCUCAUCACCCAAACCCUUCACAGAAUGUCAAGGGAAUUGUGAAGUCAUACGAGAAGCGUACCCAGUCGCUGCAGAAGAGGGUGAAGCGGCUGGAGGAGGAGAAGGAGCUGAUGCAGCUGGAUAUGGGCUCCAAGCCUGAAGUGAAGGACUACAGACUUGCUACACAGAGAGUUAAGAAGCUGGAGAAACUCCUGGCCACACAUAACAUCAGUGUCCCAGGAGAGAAGAGCAACAAAGAUCCUUUUAGACUCAAAAGAAAAUACAGCACAAGAGUUGAAGAUUUAGAUUAUCUCCCCUUGGACUUCUGUCAACAAUAUCUCAGGGACAUAUCAACUGAGCUUGGUAUAGAUGACAUUGAAAGGAUAAGCAUGUGUAUGCAAAGCAUCAAGGAAGAACUUAGAGAAUGCAAGAAAUAUGAAGGGUGUUGCAGACGUAUUCACAACAUUGUACAAGCCGUGGACCGAGGAAACCAGGGAACUCGAGGUCAGAGAUCCAGCCCCAAGAACCACAUGAUGCAGGUGUCAGACAAGAGUCUGCAACAUGAUAUGUUUGUGGUAGAGAGCUGGAGCAAAGAUAUUGCUUCAAUGCAGGAGCUCCAGUUGACCAUCAACUCAUUGCUAGACAGACUUGCUCCAUGGGCAAGGAUUCAUCUGACUGGAGGUCACAGUGUUGAGGAAAUAAUUGACACGCUCGAGAACGUAGCAGAACAGGAGGGCUCUAAUGUUAAGAGGGAUGGCCAAGAACACACUUCAAGAGCUGACAUGGAAAAUAUUGUUGAACACUUUAUGACCCUGUUUGAUGUCCCCUCAGUUGCUGGCGUCUUCCCCCGAAUGACGGAACUCUACACAAAGCUAGGCGAGGUCUAUAAUGUCAUGAACACCCUCAGGAACAUCCUAUCUCUUGGUGAUGAUAGUAAAUCAUCGGCAGUGGUGGACUCUGUAGGGCGGCUGUGUCAGGCACACAACUCCACCACAGCCAAACAGCUGAAGCAACUGCUGCAGACCGAUGACCUGGAUGGAGUAAUACGAAGACUAGAUGAGCACAGGAAGUUCUUCCCUCCAUUUCAGGAACUCACCAAGAAGCUGUUGCAGAUAUUAGGUAUAGAGAGGCUGGAUCAGAUCGUCCCUGCAGUCCGAGCACUCAAGAUGUUAUCUCACUGAUCUCGGCAUCACCCCCCCCCAUUCCGUCCUCUAUGCACAAACUACGGACAUAUGGUGCUGGAUAUCUUUUGCAGAAAAUGAAAAGGAGACUCCUUUGUAGCAUGUUAAGUCAUGUUCUGUCAAUUCUUCCCUUUCAGAUUAAUACAUAUCCAUGAUUUUCCAGUGUAGUAUGUCUCCAUUCUGUUAUGAUAUUCACCCUGGAAUAUCAUAGUUUCUCCCUGAUGGUGCACUUGGCACUGAAUUCCUUUGGCCAUGAGCUUGUUAUCAUCAAGCAGGCCGUCAUUAUAAAUGAUCUGUUUCACAGAAAAAAAGUUGUCCUUGUGCUGUCAAGCUUUCUCAUUUGUAUCAUGUGUACAGGAGAUGGCACAAGGCAAAUUUAGUAUUUGCAGUACCACAGCUUGUUUCAACACUGUAAUUUGAGUCAUUUAAUACAAAAGCUAUACCAUCAAAUACGAAAGCUAUACCAGCAAAUACGAAAGCUAUACCAGCAAAUGGUUCCAGUUUAUUUAUCAUAAUAGAACGGAGAUAUGUACAGGUGAUUUUUAUGUUAAGGUUAUUUAAAAACUACUGAUUGCCUCAUAUGGAAGAUUCUCCAGUGUAAUGGUAAAUACAAUUACAGUUCUAAAGUACCGACAAUCUCAUGUUUGCUCCAGCCCAAACUUCAUGUCACUGAAUAAUUGUGGAUGAUUGAUCCAGUGCUGUGGACAAUGCACAUCCGCCACUAGGACAGUCACAAGACAUGACUCAGGAUAUGAUACAUGCCCCUGGAUACAAUCUGUAUCAUGGUACAUGUUUCAACAUAAUCACUUUAAUGUAUCAUAUCUGAAGGUGAAAGUCUAACAUUCAAUUCUAUAAUGAAUGAUUAUGAGAUCUAUAUAAGUCAGGAGAUAGGAAAAUAUUCGAUAGACUUAAUAAGUUAGCUUCAUGAGUAGCAGCAAUAUGUAUUUUUUUUUGGAUACAAAUAGAUCUUUUUCAUAUUUUUGUGUAAUGAUGAGAAAUGAAGUAUCGUGUGCUUCACCAUGCAUUGAUAUUACAAUGAAUCGUUACUCCACUCUCAGAAUCUUUUGUAGAUAAUGGUCAGUGAUACCAAAAUAUCCAAAGGCAGCACUUUAACAGUCUAGUUCUUGAAUUAUGAAGGCUGUUGCUUGUAGAACACUUGUCCACUAACUAUGCAGCUGAACCUUACAUAAUUCAUAUGUGUAGUGACGACAAGAACACAUCAGACAAGGAUGCAACACAUGGACGCUAAAUGUUCUACUCAGCCUUGAUAGGGAUUAUCAGAUAGGUCAUUCUAUUUAAGUAUACACUUGACAUAUAAUGACAAACAGUUUUUGGGUAUCAUGGAAAGAUAAAAAAACAUCCCUGUCAAAAGUGGAGUAGGAUAUGUUGUUUACUUAUUGUAGAUUUGAUUCAGAAAAGAUGCUUAUUAUUUUGCAAUGGCCUUGUCAUGCUCACAUCUUUAUGUGUUUUAAGAAACAUAUGACAUUCUUAUGAACCUUGGGAUGGACAAGCUCACAUGAAGAAUCCAGCUUUUUAUUACUUUGACUCUAGAUCAGUAAUCAUGCUAGGCUUAUUUGUAUUUUUUUAGUUGGUUAACAGAUUAUUUUCUCACACCUUGGGUUGGUGGCCAAUAUAGAAAUAUAAUUGGUCCCUUUGUAAUAAAAAGAAGCAUGGUCUUAAGGAUGAUAAUUUUCUUUACAAUUUUAAAUUCUCUCUUUUUCAUUAGCCAAUUUUGUUAAAUGUUGCAGGCAUGUUUUAAGAUCAGACAGAAAAUAAUGUGUGAUUUUUAGUUUUUGUAAGAGUGAUUAUGAAGCUGGUGGUAAGAAAAGCUUAAGCCCCAAUUAAAUUUUUCGUUCUUUCUCAGCUUGAAUAUUGCUGAGUGCAGCAUUAAACAACAAACAAACAAACAAACAUUCCUAUAAUAAGGUUCAGCUGCAUAUUAUUAUGUAUUGUAGUCGUAUUUUGUUUGUAAAUUCAUGUGUUGAAUUUAUGUCUUCUAUUUGUACAUAUUUCCCAUAUUAAAUUAUUACUUUUAUUUAGAAUUGUUAUUUUUAUGUUGUGUUGUGUAUUGUCAUCUUAUUAAGGUGCUUCAGGGGAUGUAUCUAGGAUUCUCAACUCAAUGCCUGUGGUGGGCUUAUUGUGACAAAUAUGUGUUUGUCCAAAAUUAGGAAUUUGAAAGGUUCUUCUGAUCUUAGUUUAAGAGGUAUUCUAACAUUGUAUUCAAUGUAAUCACGUAAACUUAUAGAGUUACAUAUAUGCAAAGCUAUUACCAGUUAAAAUAUCUGAUAACCGACUAGGUCAUCUUUACGUUUAGCUUGUCAUUUUUUAUUAAUAUUUGCUGCAGAUUUAGGGCUUGAUAUCGGCCGAAGAGAAGGCCUAGAUAAAUCCAUGGCUGAUGUACAUGCUCUUGUCAAUCUCGCUGUUGACAAAGCCAUAGCUUUUUUUUAAUUAUGAUCAGUUCAUCAGUUGACUGCUCCCUAUGAGGGCUUUUGUUUCAUUAGCUACAGUGUAUGAAACUUUAACAAAUAUGAGGGCAGUGGGGUAGCCUAGUGGUUAAAGUGUGCGCUUGUGAUGCCAAAGACCAGGUUCAAUUCCUCACAUGAGUACAAUGUGUGAAACCCAUUUCUGAUGUCCGCCGCCAUGAUAUUGCUGGAAUAUUGCUAAAAGAGGCAUAAAAUACAACUCACUCAAACAAAUAUAUAAGAUGAGAAAAAAAUAAUUUAACAUGAAAUGUCCAUGGUGAAUCUUUCAAGAUAAACAUAUAAUAGAUAAUAUUAUACAUUUAUCCUUUAAAUUGUGUAUUUUGAUUUAAGCAUUUAUUGCUGACAGUGUUAUACAUGUUUUUGUUUUGUUAGCUACAGUGUAUGAAACUUCAAGCAUAUAGAUCAGAAACUAAAAUGUCUCACAAAAUGCUCAUACUGAACCUGUCAAGAUGACAAGCAUGUGAUAUAAACUAGACACGUGCUCCGUACAAUGUGCAUUUUGAUUGAAGCAUUAGGUGCACUAUUUAUUCGUACCUUAGUUUAUUUUGAGCAUAUAGAGCAUUCAGUUCUCAACUUUUGUCCCUUUCUUUCAACAGCUGAAAUUGUCAACACCUAGGUCAAAGCGAUCUGACACAAGUUGGUAGAUUAAGUAAGUUGUGUGCAGCUGUUGCUUAUAAAUGGGCUGUAUUAUCAGAGAAUGAGAUAUAUUAUUAAUAAUAUAUACAGAAAUGUUUUCGAAACUUUUUUCUUGGCGUUAAAUACAUGCUAUUUGAUUGUGUUUGUGUUACAAAGGACGUCACAACAUUCUUCCAUGAGCUCAGCCUGAAUUCAGUAAGCGUUGCAUUACAGAGGAGGUUAUUCCAACAUAUUGAAUUACAUUCAGGGAUAUCCCUCAUUGUGCAGUCUUCCCUGCAAUGGCCUCCUUUCACAGACACAGCAGUGCCUGCCAGCCAGCAUGUAAUUAUUUAUCAACAAUACAUGUACCUGCAUCUUAACAUGCAUUGAAAUAUUCAUGUUUCAAUUAACUAGCUGAGGUAGAUCAAAAUUGCGUUUUUUUUUUAUCAAAGUAGGGCACUUGAAUCUCUGUGGUGAAUGUUGUGUUAGAUUACAAUAGAUGACUGUACCUUGACAUUUCAAACGGAAGAGAAUGUCAGUUUUAAACUACUCCCUGGCUGAAAGACAGAGCAGAAUGAUUGUCCAGUUGCAUGAAGCCUAUGACCCUUUUAUUGAAAUGAUUACCACCAAGGGUUGAUCCAGCAUGUUUAAAAGGGAGGGGUCCAGACUAUCGAAAUCCUUUCUCCGUCCUCCUCCCCCCCCAACAACACCCCCUCCCCCCGUCCUCCUCCCCCUCCCCUCCCCCCGAAUCUGCCUAUGACCACCAUGACAUGACACUUAGGUAUAUUCAGCCACUUAUCUAUGUGACAAAGUAAGAGUUGCACUCAUUGACGUAUUGGUAGGAUUGUAUCUAAUUAAGUGACACUCAGGUCUGUCAACACUAUAAAUAUGCUAAGAAUGCAGCUGUGUGCAUGUGUUGGUAUAUGAGCUGUGCUGUGGCCUUACAUUAGCUGUAGUUAUGGCUGUGAGAAUGUUCCUGAACUGUAUAACUUGAACUGAACAGAAUGCAUUGGGCCUUCAAUGGACUCACUUUAAAUAUGAUAUCUUUGUGUAUGCUUGCAAUUUAUAAGAUGAAUAUGGAAUAAACUUGUUAGCUCUU